UUUACAUCCUCUACGUUCUAACUAAGAAGAGAUCGGUAUAUUAUAGAAAUGGCUACGCGCUUUCUCCUCCUUGCUCUCUUUGCCCUUGUGUUUUCUCAGGCCAUUGCCUCCGAUCCUAGUCCUCUCCAAGACUUUUGCGUUGCCGAUAAGAACUCUCCAGUGUUUGUCAAUGGACUUAUUUGCAAGAACCCGAACUUCACCACCCCUGAAGAUUUCUUCUUCAAGGGGCUUGACCAACCUGGUAACACAAUGAACAAACUCGGGUUUAAUGCAAAUCUAGUUAACGCAAUGGCGCUUCCCGGACUCAACACGCUCGGCAUUUCCAUAGCCCGAUUGGACUUUGCACCCUAUGGUCUCAACCCACCUCACACUCACCCGCGAGCGACCGAGGUCUUCACGGUAGUAGAAGGCACAUUCUAUGUUGGCUUUGUUACAUCUAACCCCGAUAACAAACUUUUCUCCAAAGUCUUGAACAAGGGCGAUGUGUUCGUGUUCCCCGAAGGGCUUAUUCACUUUCAAUACAAUAUCGGAAAGACAAGUGGCUUUGGCAUUUCAGGUCUUAGCAGUCAGAAUCCUGGCCUCAUCACUAUAGCAAACGCAGUCUUCAAGUCGAAUCCCCCAAUCUCAGACGACAUUCUCGCCAAAGCAUUUCAGCUAGAUAAGAAGAUUGUAGAUUGGAUCCAAACUCAAAUAUAAAUGAUCAAGAACAAUUAACAAUAAACGCGUGAAGGAGACUUAAUUUCGUGUGAUUUUAUUAGUAAGUUGAUUGUUUGUACUAAUUAAUUCGUCUCAAUAAGCAAACAUUGUGUGUUUGUUUGCAUGUAUCAACAAUAAAAUUAAGGGAAGUCGUAAUAUGUCUUGAUUCACGUGUGUCAUUAUUAUUUUAUGUGUGUAAUUAAGAUUUAUUUUAAUAAUGAUUAAUUACUGGAUAGUAGUUAAUGUA